AUGCGAGAUACGCAUGACAAGAGCAGCAGCCGUGACACCAGCGGCACCUGUGACAUUCGCAGCAAGAGAAGCACCCGUGACACCAGCGGCACCCACGACACCAGCGACAGCCGUGAGAAGAGUGACACCUAUGACACCAGCGGCACCCGGGACACCCAAGACACCAGCGACACUCAUGACACCCAUGGCAAGAGCAGCACCCAGUACAAGAACAGCACCCGAGACACCAGCGGCAUCUGA